AGCUGCUCCUUCGGGGACGUGCAGGUGUUCUCCCUCACCCCCUACGUGGUGAACGUGACGGCCGUGAACCCCCUGGGCGCUGCCUCCAGGCUCCUGCCCUUCCUCCUGGAGAACAUCAUAAAGCCGGACCCCCCCGAGAACCUGCGGGUCUCACCCAUCCCCGGGGAGACUGAAAAGCUGCUGCUGGAGUGGAGCCCACCAGGAUCCUGGCCCUUCCCUCAGUACUUCCCGCUGAAGUAUCACAUCCGCUACACCCAGGAGGAGGGCUCCAUCACCAAAACGAUUGGGCCAUACGACCAGACGUCUUACACCCUGACGGGAGUGCAGCCUGGGACCCUCCACCACAUCCAGGUGGCUGCCAAGGGGACAGACUCCGGGGAGUUCAGUGCCUGGAGCCUGCCGGCCUCGGGGACGCCCUGGAUGGAGCCAUGA